AUGUUGGGAGCUGACCGCGGGCCCAGGGAUAGAAUAAAAUUUAAGGACCUACUUACUAAACGGCUCUCUUGCGCUAUCACCCAAGCGCCCGAACCCUUCCGAGGUCGGAACCCUGGGGGUACAGACGGGUACAGAGGUUACUGCAGUCAACGCUGCAACCAGAGACACGGCACACCCCAAGGACGCUCGGCCGACGGAGUCUUUGAGGCGAAUCAAAGGGUCUGGACGUCAGCCGUGCCGGUAAGCGAAACAUGGGCGGCAACCAAAAGGAACGUGCAUACCAUUCAAGUUGCUGAAAUGAAGAUGCUGAGAUGGAUGUGCGGUGUGACUAGGCUGGAUAAAGUCCGUAACGAGUACGUGCGUGGAAGCCUCGGUGUACGCGACAUCGCCGACAAGAUGCAGGAGAGACUACGUCGGAAACUACUGCCUGACCUCCCCGGUCGGAGACCUAGAGGUAAACCCAAGACAAGUUGGAAGGAUGUAGUGCUGAAGGACAAAAGGGAAUGCAAUGCUGCUGACGAGGGUGUCGAAGACAGAGCGAAAUGGAGGAGUAAACUGAGGAAACCUGACCCCAAUACCAUGUGGGAUAAAUAG